GACACGGCUGUGAAGGUGGAGAAGUGCCAGGCAGCCGGGAUCAAGGUGAUCUUCUGCAUCGGCGAGCUCCUCGAGGAGCGGGAGGCCGGCAAGACGGACGAGGUGAACAAGCGUCAGCUCGCCGCGGUGAUCCCGAAGAUCACGAACUGGGACAACAUUGUGAUCGCCUACGAGCCGGUCUGGGCCAUCGGAACCGGCAAGGUUGCCACACCCGAGCAGGCGGAGGAGACCCAGGCCAACAUCCGCGCCUACCUGAAG